AUCUAAAUGACCCUUGUGAGAAAGAUCUUGGUUAUCUCUGACAGGCUGAUUUUAUUUGUUUGUAUUUCAUUUUAUUCUUGACUCAGUUGCAACUAAGCAGAUCAGAUAAUUAGGCCUGUUCAGGCACAUUCAACACUAUUUGUCUGUAAGUGCUGAAGGACCGAGGCGAGCUGGAGAUGUAUGUGUGCAUGCUCUCCUGUCCGGCGGUGUGGUGUAAUCUGAAGCCUCUGUAGUAUCGGUUCACUGCAGUACUGUCCAUGAGCUGCGUCUCGGCCCACGGACACUCACAUUCGAGCAUGUCAUUGACAUAUUCAGCUCAUGCAUGAAGGAAAGUGCCGUUUGCUUAGUUCAGAUGCUUUUGUUUGAGGAUCCGCGGUGCGUGCAUUUCUGGGAAGUGUUUAAUUCACGUUUGUGAUUCAGGCUUCCUGGUUCUUGCAGCGAUAAGCAGCUGUUUCGAGCCACCAACUACGCGCUUGGAAACGCGAGGGGCUUUUACUUCGCUAAUAGCUCCUUUUUGACGUCUAACCAUCGUUUGGCACGUCGCACCGUUUUCCACCCGGUGCGCCGUGGAGUUUAUCGUGCAGAUGCCUCUCCUUGCGUGACUGCGUGUGGACAUAAUCAUCAUGGGUAAACGCGGAUGGCGCUCGGGUUGGACCCAGGCGCGAUGCCAGGACAGCGGGGUCGAUCCCGAACGCGAGCGGCUCUGGGCCGAGCUCUUCGAGCAGCUGGAUUUGAACAAGGACGGACGGAUCGAUGUAAACGAGCUACGGGUCGGACUUGCCGACCGGGGGAUGUCGUGGAGCUCCGUGGAGGAUCAGGUUGUACGAGCUGGAGACACCAAUCAGGAUGGUCAGUUGGAUUUUGAAGAGUUCAUUGAGUAUCUGCGUUCACAUGAGAAACGUCUUAGACUCAUGUUUCACAGCUUGGACCGCAACAAUGAUGGUAAAGUUGAUGCUGGUGAGAUCCAGCAGUCACUACAUAAUCUAGGAGUGGACGUCACAGUGGAACAGGCUGCGAAAAUACUGGAAAGUAUGGAUAAAGACCGUUCCAUGACUGUUGACUGGGCCGAGUGGCGAGAUCACUUCCUGUUUAACCCUCUGGACAACAUGGAGGAAAUCGCACAGUUCUGGAAACACUCAGUGAUGUUGGAUAUUGGAGAACUUCUAACUGUUCCAGAUGAAUUCUCAGAGAAGGAGAGGCAGUCUGGGUUUGUGUGGCGGCAGCUGAUGGCGGGGGCCGUGGCGGGGUCUGUAUCCAGAACAUGUACCGCACCGCUUGACCGUCUCAAAGUGUUUCUGCAGGUGCAUGGCCAGAGCUCUGAUAAAGGAAAUGUUUGGCAUGGUCUUCGAGCGAUGGUUAAGGAGGGGGGGCUCACUGCGCUGUGGAGGGGCAAUGGCAUCAAUGUGCUGAAGAUCGCUCCAGAAACAGCUAUCAAAUUCUUUGCUUAUGAACAGAUUAAGUGGUUAAUGAGAGGUAGAAAAGAAGGAGGAACUCUAAAAGUCCAGGAGAGAUUUGUCGCUGGAUCUCUGGCUGGAGCCACAGCUCAAACUAUUAUAUACCCUAUGGAGGUGCUGAAAACACGUCUUACUCUUCGUAAAACAGGGCAGUAUUUGAGUAUGGCGGACUGCGCGAAGCAGAUCCUGCAGAAAGAGGGCGUUCUGGCAUUUUAUAAAGGAUAUCUACCCAACAUGCUGGGCAUCAUCCCUUAUGCGGGCAUAGAUCUCGCUGUAUAUGAGACGCUGAAGAACGCAUGGCUGCAGCGGAACACGGAGGGUUCGGCUGACCCAGGUGUUCUGGUGCUAGUAGGCUGUGGCACUGUCUCCAGCACCUGCGGACAACUGGCAUCAUACCCGCUCGCCCUCAUCAGAACACGUAUGCAGGCUCAGGCAUCAGUGAAAGGUGCUCCUCAGCUGUCCAUGUUGACUCUCUUCAGGAAUAUUGUAGCUCAGGAGGGUGUGGUGGGACUCUACCGAGGCAUCGCUCCAAACUUCCUCAAGGUUAUCCCAGCUGUCAGCAUCUCCUACGUCGUCUAUGAACACAUGAGGAAAGUACUGGGAGUAGGAACCUGAGAGAGAGAGAGAGAGAGACAAAGAGAGCCUAUGUGUGUGUGCAGAAAAAAACACCAAAAAUGUAUUUUUGUUAAAAGAUGGACAAGAAAAGACAAUAGGACUCAUUUAUGAAUGUCUAAAGACAUAUCAGAUCACUGGCAGUAUGAGAGAAGGGUUGAGGUGUAUUUACCAAAAAAACAAAAAACAAAAAAACAACAGUCCACUGUCACUCUUCCUGAGAACAAAACGAAUGACAGAAAACGACUCUAUAACAGACUGAUAUUAAAACAGAAGUAUGCAGAAUCUAAGAGGUGCUGUCCUGACCCAUUUCUCAAUCACAGAGAUUCAUUUAUUUUUGUUUGUUUAUUUGUGUUGUUGGUCAACAGGGGCCUGAUAUUCAUGUAUACUGGGUAAGCCCCUCUGGACGUGGUAAAAUAAAAGCUUGUGUGUGGGAGAUUGUGUGAGCAUGUGCUGUACUGUGUCGCCUGUGUGUGUGUGUUUAACCAUUGAUUUGUGGGAAUGGACGCUGAUCAAUCGCUAGUAAAACCAUUCUUACGUAAACUGUUAUAUUGACUUGAUUGUGAUAAUUCACGUAAGAACGGGUUUACAAACUAUUUAUAACAAAGUUUUUCUUGUGUUUUUUUGAAUGAGGCGCAUAUUAUCUCACAAAUAGUAUGUGCCCAAAUGUUAUACCUUAUCUGGUGGAUUUUCAAAGUGUGCUAACAUUUUUCGGCUAGCAUUGCCCACAACCCAUUGUGCUACGGUUUGUGACGGUUCUCUUUCUACUGUUUCAGGUGAAGAAAAGUGCCUAAGGAAUAUGAGGCCGGAGCUGCUACAGCACUUUUUAAAUGUUAACAUAAAGUGAAAUAAUAGUUCAUUUUAAGGCAAUGAAUUUAGCUAAAUGCUAAUGCUAACAUGUAAACUCAGACCGUAUGCUACAAAGGGGUGUGUGUUAUCAAGACAUAUGUUGCAAUGUUGGCAUUCUGUUUUUCUACACUCUCAAAAGAACUGAAGGAUGUACUUAAAGUGCGCAGUUUACGUAUGUUCAGGAGCGGAAAGCCUUAUGAACCGAUGAACGUGAGAGUGUAUGUGUGGUUUCUUGAUUUUUGACUUUGUUAGGGUCAAUUUUAAGUCAAUAUGCUGUUAAAUUUAUCGCCACCUGAAUUUUUCCUCAUUAAAAAAGUUUUACUUCCAAAAUAAUCAAUAGUAAUUUGGAAAUGUAUUCAUAAAAUCAUGAGUUGAAGACUCCAGGCAUAUCAGAAACCUUAUAAAAGAUGUUUUAUUUUACAUGGAGAGGGUCCCCCCAUGGAGGCUGCCAUGUUAUGAUCACAUGACCAGUCGAAUAUUACUCGCAUAAUCUCAGUAACCGCUAGGUGUCAGUGUAUGUCCAAGACGACUUUUUAAGUAAUUAAAAAAAUUAUGGAGUGCACCUUUAAAUGUUUUCAUCCAUGAAUAUGAGUUCUCUUAGCUCGAUUUUGAACAUUUUAAAAUGUUUACAUCCAUUCUGAAGAAUUCCACAGAUUUUAUCAUAAAUAGUGUGGAAAGUAUAAUAAAAUUGCAACAGAUUCUGUCUGGGUAUAUUCAUUUCCAAGGUUUUGUAUACAUGAAUAGGCUGCUGUUCUUAUUUGGAUGUAAACAAAACAACUAUAUGACCAUUAUCUAUUUUUGCGUUUCUUCUGUGCGGUUUUUUUUCCUUUUUUUUCCCCCUUAAAAAGCAAACUACAUCUUUUUAUUGAAUACAUGCAAAGAAUGUAUGUAUAUUAAAUUAUUACAUUAAAAUG